UGUAGAUAGCUAGAAACAUAACAUGCAUGAGAGGGUGAGAUAAUAGAAUAAAAUAAUCACUAAUCAUGCAAUAUUUUAUUUAUGGCUUUAAUCUGCUUCUGAAUCUAAAUGAUCUCUUCUUCUGAUUCAAGAUCCAGAUUUGCCUUCGUAUAUGAGCAAGAGCAAUGUACCAUCUCUUAUGUGCAUAAACACUUAAUUAAAAAACGUAAUUGCUGACAUGUGAAUACUGAAUACUAUGCGGCUGAUCUACAGAAUGAACUAAUUUUAUUUAAUUAAUAACUGAUUCACACCCAUUAACCAAUUUUUUUUUUAUGUGUAUUCGGAGCCGAAAUAAUGGACCUUAUCACCUUCACACCGCAUUUGCCGCGACACAAUUCUAUGUGGGAGAAGCAAUACCACAAGUCCACAACUAAUAUAAGCCAAAUAUUACAUAUACAUGUAUAGUAUUUCACCACAUUACAUAUACAUGAUAUAGUAUUUCACCAAAUUGGUAUAUAUGAGGCUGUAUUAUACAAACUCGUGAAUAGUUUCUACAUUGGCUAUACCUAUAUCUACAAGCUCGUGAGUAGUUCCUAUAUAUACUCACAUAUAUGCCAAUAAAUACACUAGCAUUGAGAGAGAGUGUGGUGAGUAAGGAAGGUCCACUCACAGCUGGCCAACCUACACAUUGUGUAGUAAAUCAGCAAAACACACAUUAAAUAAGAACCUCCAAAACCCCAUCCAUCAAUAUCCAUACAUCUCUCUUCAUUCACACACAUAUAAAUACAUAAGUAUACAUACGUAUACAUACAUAUAAUUCUAUAUACUAUAUGAUCUUACACCCAAAAACUUAUUGAAGAAGAAAAGUGGAGAGGGUGAGAGAGGACAAGAAAAUGGCAAGAACCCAUCUCAUUUUUCUUCUUUUUCUAGCUCUUUUAUCAAAAUCAUCGGCAUCAUCACCAUCAUCAUUGCCUUCAAGAGAGCAAGAAAAGGACAGAAUCAAAGCACUUCCAGGGCAACCAAAAGUGACAUUCUCACAAUACUCAGGCUAUGUCAAUGUGAAUGAAUCUCAUGGUCGUUCUUUCUUUUAUUGGCUCACUGAGUCAACUUCUCCUCACACCAAACCCCUUCUUCUUUGGCUGAAUGGAGGACCAGGCUGCUCGUCGAUUGCUUAUGGAGCUUCAGAGGAAAUUGGACCAUUCCGUAUCAACAAAACCGGUUCCACUCUCUUUCUCAACAAGUUCUCAUGGAACAAAGAUGCAAACCUUCUGUUUUUGGAAUCACCAGCCGGUGUUGGAUUUUCUUACACGAACACAAGUUACGAUCUAAAAAGUUAUGGAGACGAACAAACAGCUCAAGACAAUUUGAUAUUCCUUAUCAAAUGGUUAUCAAGAUUUCCACAAUACAAAUAUAGAGACUUCUACAUUGCUGGUGAAAGUUAUGCUGGUCACUAUGUACCUCAGCUUGCUAAAAAGAUACAUGACUACAACAAAGCUUUCUCAAAACCCAUCAUCAAUCUGAAAGGAUUCAUGGUGGGGAACGCAGUGACGGACAAUGAGUACGACAGCAUAGGAACCGUAGCUUACUGGUGGACCCACGCAAUUAUUUCCGACAAAACCUACAAGUCAAUUCUCAAAAACUGCAACUUCACGGCCGAUAAAGUUUCUGACGACUGCGACACGGCUGUUAACUACGCCAUGAACCACGAGUUCGGUGACAUUGACCAAUACAGCAUUUACACUCCAACGUGUGUGGCUUCAAAGCAGAAGAAGACUGGUUUCUUACGGAUGAAAAACACACUCUUGCGUAGACGGUUUGUGUCUGGAUACGAUCCUUGCACGGAGAGCUACGCAGAGAAGUAUUAUAACCGUAAAGAUGUUCAGAGAGCUAUGCAUGCUAACGUCACUGGGAUUCGCUAUAAAUGGACAGCUUGCAGUGAUGUUCUGAUCAAGAACUGGAAAGACUCGGACAAGACGAUGUUACCGGUCUACAAGGAACUUGCAGCAGCUGGUUUGAGGAUAUGGGUUUUCAGUGGUGAUACAGAUUCUGUGGUUCCAGUGACGGCUACACGGUUUUCUCUCAGCCAUCUCAAUCUCCCGGUGAAAACUUGUUGGUACCCUUGGUACUCCGGUAACCAGGUGGGAGGAUGGACGGAGGUAUACAAGGGACUGACUUUUGCAACAGUAAGAGGGGCGGGGCAUGAGGUGCCUUUAUUCGAACCAAAGCGUGCUCUCAUUCUUUUCAAAUCAUUCUUGGCUGGAAAAGAGCUUCCAAAAUCUUAUUAGUAACCUAAACAUAGAAGUAAGAGAAAAUGUCUCCAACAAGCAUAAUCCAGCUACCAGAUUAGGAUUCAGUUCCGAGUAAACUCGGAAUUCUUGUUUUUUUUUUUAAUUAUAAUUUCUGUUUUAAAGCUUGAUUCAUUUCCACAAUUUGGAAAUCAUGAAACGAUUUGAGAGUAUUCAAGGAAUUGUUGAUAUUUUAAAGAAGUACAAGGGUUCAAUUAUUUCCUCUUAGUUUA